GCAUCUCUCGUGCUUUGCAGAUCCGAUUGGAUCGGCAUUUAAUCAGCAUUGUCAUAAACGUCAGACUUGAACGAACCACAGUGGAAUAAUGACAGAGCGGACGGGCGAGGAGUUGACAUCGUCGGAGCUGGGUACUCUAGAGUUCUGGGAGAACGUGUACGCGCAGGAACUCGACAACUUCCACGAUCACGGCGACGUAGGCGAGAUAUGGUUCGGCGCGGCCAACACGCGCAAGAUCGUACGAUGGAUUGCCACGAAAUUGGAUUUAAACAAAGAGAAUGAUAAGAUAAUCGAUGUAGGAUGUGGUAAUGCAAUGACUUUGGUGGAACUCGCGAAAGAAGGAUUCGCGAACUUGACAGGGGUGGAUUAUUCACAGAAAGGGAUAGAUCUGGCCCGUACAGUGUUGAACGAUAACAAUUUACCGAAUGUAAAAAUAGAGAUUUGUGAUAUACUCAACAACACAUUGCCGCAUGAUUUUAAAGUCGUUCAUGAUAAAGGCACUUACGACGCUAUUAGUUUAAAUCCAGAAGAUUCGAUGGCAAAGAGACAGAAAUAUAUAGAAAAUAUAUAUCGCAUCCUUUUGCCAGGAGGAUAUUUCGUCUUAACGUCUUGUAACUGGACCAAAGAAGAAUUGCUGAAGCAUUUUGCGAGUCAUUUUGAAUUCAAUAAUCAACUUCCAACGGAUACGUUCCAAUUUGGCGGGCAGACAGGAAACACUGUAACACAAUUAAUAUUUAGAAAAAAAUAA